GGGAUCACCGCGUCCCUCUCCGUGCCUGUGCAGCAGUGAGAGAGAGAGAGGAGGUGUUCACCUAUGAGAGAAAGGCGUGUGAGCAGGUAACAGUCAUGGCAGCUCCGCUCAAAGUCUGCAUCAUCGGCUCCGGAAACUGGGGCUCAGCCAUCGCCAGGAUCAUUGGGAGGAAUGCCACACGGCUGCAAAGAUUCGCCUCCACGGUGAAAAUGUGGGUUUACGAGGAGAACAUCAAUGGCAGGAAGCUCACUGACAUCAUCAACUCGGAGCAUGAAAACAUCAAAUAUCUGCCCGGGUACAAACUGCCUGAGAACGUGGUUGCCAUCCCACGGCUGCGUGACGCUGCAGAGGGCGCCGACCUCCUGGUGUUUGUUGUUCCUCAUCAGUUCAUCAGGAAACUGUGUGAUGAGAUGUCAGGAUGUGUGUCAUCUAAAGCUCGAGGAAUCACUCUCAUCAAGGGUGUAGACGAGGGCCCCGAGGGCCUGAAGCUGAUCUCAGACAUCAUCAGGGAGAAGAUGGGGAUCGACGUCAGCGUCCUGAUGGGGGCCAACAUCGCCAACGAGGUCGCAGCAGAGAAGUUCUGUGAAACCACCAUCGGCAGUAGAGUUCUGGAGAAUGGUCUGCUGUUCAAAGAGCUUCUGCAGACGCCAAACUUCAGGAUCACCGUGGUCGACGACGCUGACACCGUGGAGCUGUGUGGAGCUCUGAAGAACAUCGUUGCAGUUGGCGCCGGUUUCUGUGACGGUCUGAAGUGUGGUGAUAACACCAAGGCUGCCGUGAUCCGUCUGGGUCUGAUGGAGAUGAUCGCCUUCGCCAAACUCUUCUCCAAGAAUGGCUCUGUUUCCACGGCGACCUUCCUGGAGAGCUGCGGCGUGGCUGAUCUCAUCACGACGUGCUAUGGCGGGAGAAACCGACGAGUGGCCGAGGCGUUCUCUAGAACGGGGAAGAGCAUCGAGCAGCUGGAGAAUGAGAUGCUGAACGGCCAGAAGCUGCAGGGUCCGGCAACGUCUGCUGAGGUUUACCAUAUCCUCAAACAGAAGGGACUCACAGACAAGUUUCCUCUCUUCACGGCGGUCUAUCAGAUCUGCUUCGAGGGUCGGCCGGUCCAGGAGAUGAUCUCCUGUCUGCAGAGUCACCCUGAACACAUGUGACCUACAGGAAGUAGAAGGGUUAAUGCAUCUAUCAGUAACUUGAACUUAAACUCCAGAGGUGAACAGGGCUGUUUUUAGGACAUUUCUGAGGUCUUUUCAGAGGUCUUUGCUCUUUACCCAUAGGGGGCGCUCUUUAAUGUCUCUGCACACUGAGUCUGUUUUCUGCACCCUUAUUUACAUGUUUAAAGAAUUCUACUAUCAUGUAGGUUGAUCAUAUUUAAACACUGACUCAUAAACUUCCCUCGUCAUCAUCCUUAUUAUUAUUAUUAUUUUACUGGACUAAUUUUCAGGGUUUUUUCUCAUCCGUCCAAAUAGCUUUGAGCAUGGAAGCCCAUAUCUGCCACUUAAGUUUGGCAAUUCAACAAUAAAUGGAUAAGAAGAUUAAAGUCAAAUUUAUAAGAUAAGACUUAAACUUGAGAUGAAGGAUUAAUUGUGAGAUAAAAGCUGGAUUAAGUGGUAAAAGUUAAAAUAACAAGGUAAAAUAUUAAAAUGAAGAGAUAAAAAGUAAAACUCUGAAAUUAAAA